AUGGCCCCAUCCGCAAUCACUACCAGCGAGAUCGUCCCUACACCAAAGACCAAACAGGUGAUACCAAAGUCCAAAGACGACCCCACUAAGGAGAAAACCGCCCUCCAAGCCAUCUCACAAGGUGUCUGUCUUCCCGGCAUUCCGCUCUUCUCCUCCUACGACAAACACCGCGCAUGGAUUCUCGCACACAUGGCGGGCGCCUUCCGCGUGUUCGCGCGCAAGGGUUUCACGGAGGGCAUGUCGGGCCACAUUAGCGUGCGCGACCCUGAGUACCCGCAUACAUUCUGGACGAACCCUCUAGGCCGGCACUUUGGCCUGCUGAAGGCGAGUGAUAUGGUGUUGGUAGAUUAUGAUGGAAAGGUUGUCGGUGGGAACCAAAGCAGGCCGGCGAAUGCGGCGGGAUUUUUGAUUCAUAGUGCGGUGCACAAGGCGAGGCCGGAUGUGGAUGCUGCAUGCCACUGCCACGGCGUUGCAGGCAAAGCGUGGAGCGCCUUCGGCAAAAGACUCGAGAUGAUCAAUCAAGACGUCACAUACUUCUAUGGCGAAGCUCAAGCAGUCUAUGAGGACUUCGGUGGCGUGGUCUUAAGCGAAGAAGAAGGCAAAAAACUCGCUGCCGCCCUCGGGCCGAAAGGAAAAGGCCUCAUCCUAAGAAAUCACGGGUUAUUGACCGUAGGCUCCACUGUCGACGAAGCAGCCUACCUCUACACCCUCAUGGAAAAGUCCUGUGAUGUGCAACUCCGCGUUGAAGCCGCUGCCGCCAACGGCAUUCCCAAGAUCAUCGUAGAUGACGAGGCAGCAGCGUACACGUUUAAAAUGGGGAGUGACCCGGAGGCGCUGUAUUGGGAGUUGCAGCCGGACUUGGAUUACGAGUAUGAAAUGAGUGGGGCUGUGUUUGAAGACUACAAAGCACCUGAGACAUUGUUUACGCAUUAA